AUGUUUUACUGGAUGAAGAGGAGCAGCGGCGGCUCCGACACUCUGGACCGACUCGGCAACAUGUCGAAGGCGGAAAUCCUCCGAGGAAUCGUCACCGAGAAGCUGAGCACGGCCGCGCAGGAGAUCUUAGCGGUGGUGGAGAGGACUGUGGCCGGGUACGAGGAGGAGGCGUCGGGCUUCAGACGGGAGAUCGAGCGGCAGAAGAGGCAGCUGGAGCUCCUGCUGCAGCCCCGGGUCAAACUGGAGAGGAGAGUGUUCAGGAAGUACCCGGUGCAGCAGGUCCGGUGUCCUCGGGGCCUGCAGGAGGCGGACUUCCUGGACCUGCUGAGGUCCACCUUCCCUCAGCUCGCUGAUCAGAAACGUUUCGACGUCUUCACGUCCGACAGGAGUAGGAGACUUCAGCCUCUGAGAGCGAAGACGCUGACGCCUGAGGAGAUCUGUUGGAGCAUCAGGCUGAUGGGGUCUCGAAGAACUGCAAACUCUGCCCUCUACAUCCGCCUGAAGACAGGAGAGGAUCCUCAGAGCAGCAGUGACAACCUUCAUCCUCUGCAGAGAACAGAUGAUCCUCCGUCCGUCUCCGCCACGACGUCUGCUGAUGAAACCGACACACGCACCAGGUUAUCGUCUCCCAGAGUUCAGUCUGAGAGGAGGAAGCGCGGCAGACCUCGCAUUGGCGAAGAACCGACUCACCACCUGCUCAGAGUCUGCAUGCUGGAGGACUCCCAGUCAGACUUGCUCUCAAACAAAGUGCUGAUGAAGUCCUCGGUACAGGAAGUCCGGUGUCCUCGGGGCCUGCAGGAGGCAGACUUCCUGGACCUGCUGAGGUCCGCCAUCCCUCAGCUGGCGGGAGAUGACAAACAGUUUGACGUCUUCAAGUCGGAUCGCAGCCGGAGACUCCAUCGUGUGAAAGUGAAGACGAUGACGCCAGAGGAGAUCUUCAGGAACACCAAGUCCAGCUGCCCCGACAAGACACUCCUCUACAUCCGACUGAAGACAGGAGAGGAAGAGGAGGAGGAGGAGGAGGAGGAGCUUCGCCUUGUGCAGAGAAAUGAUGAGGUCACCAGUGAUUCUCCGUCCUCCGCCGCUGUGCUGAUCAGAAGUGACGGAGCCGACCUCAGUGCAAGCCCCGUUCAACACGUGGAGGGUAACGGAGCGGACGUCCUGUCCAGCAGCUCAGCGUCACAACAACAGAAGGUGGGAACAAAGGAAGCUGAUGAUGGAGACGCUGCUGAGAGCCAGGUGGAGUCCAGCGACGACGAUGACAAAGAUGGAGAUGAGGCGUUAGACAAAGAUGAUGACUGGAAACCCGACCCUGUGCUGGGGACGCCGAAGAUGAGGAGGAAGCGAGGAGCCAGAGCAUCAGGUGUAGAGGGGCGGUUGAUCGGCAGUGAUAAAAUCCCCUGUAAGGUGUGUGGCGUUUGGUACAGGAUACUGGGCAGCUUGAUCAAACACGCCUGGAGCCACCUGGAUGAGGUGCAGAGCGUCUGCGGCGUGUGCGGAGAGCGCUUUGAGUCCAUGGAGGAGUUAAAGGUACAUUUGAAAAAAUAUCAGAAAACUCACGAGUGCUCUUACUGUAGGAAGUCUUUCUUCACCAUCACCGGCCUCAAGUGCCACACCACGCUGCACACAGGAAACAGACCGUUCAAAUGUGACGUGUGCAACAAAAGCUUCCCUCACAUGUCCGGCCUGAGUAUCCACCGCUGGGUGCAUGUGGAGGAUAAACCACACAAGUGUCACAUCUGCCCGAAGGCGUUUGGUCUGAAGGCGCAGCUGCGAGCUCACAUCAAGGUGCACACGGGGCGAGACAAGUACCACUGUAACCUCUGCAGCAAGUCUUUCUACGACCUGCGAUCUCUGACCCGUCACAAGGCCACGCACUCGGGGGAGAGGCGUUACAGCUGCGGCGUGUGCGGGAAGAGCUUCAAACUUCCUGGUACGUUAAAGUCGCAUGAGAAGACGCACACGGAGAGAGAGCGGCCGUACCUCUGCCACAUCUGCUGCAAGACCUUCAUCUCAAACUGCAGCCUAACGGCUCACAUGAAGACGCACAGCAGCGAGCGGCCGUUCAUCUGCAUCAUCUGCAGCAAAGGCUUCAUAUCCAACGGCGAGCUCAAGGCGCACAUGCGUGUGCACACUGGCGAGGCGCCGUACGGCUGCUCGGAGUGCGGCCGCUUUUUUAAACGCAAGAGUCACCUGAACAACCACGUGAGGAGCCACCUGGGCAUCAAACUGUUCGUCUGCACGGUCUGCGGGAAGGCGUGCUCUCGCCAAGAACACCUGACGGUCCACAUGAGGACACACAACGGGGAGAGACCGUACCAGUGCAGUGUCUGCGACAAAGCCUUCACUCAGAGCCACUGUCUGAAGACGCACAUGAAGAGCCACCAGGGCGAAGAGAACCCGUUCCUGAACGCAUCGUCGUCCUGAGAGACGCGUUUGAUCACAGGUGGGACGGAGGUCGAUUUAAAGGGCAAACACUGACAUCAUGUGUGAGCAACUUUAAACUCAACCAAUUGGCAACGCAAAAGUAUUUUCCAAUUUUUACAUUUUUAUGUAGAUGUUUUACAUUUCAAAACUCUGUCUUCUUUUGUUAAAUGGAAAUUAAAAACAAAAAUGAAAAAGUAAAAGAAGGUAAAGCAGAAAAAAAUGUAUCGUCCUGUUGGCACCACAAAAUGUCUGAGAAACGUUUUAAUAGAAAAAGAAACAAAACAAAAAAGUGCUUGAACAGUCAGUUGAUUAACUGACAGAUCGUUUAAUUUAUUUUUACACUGAAUUUAGAAAUCAUGUCAGUACCAGGAUUGAAGAACGUGUGAUAGAGUUACUGUGAAGAGACAAAAAAGAGCUGUUAAAACAAUCAGUCAGGUUCAAGAGCACUUUUAAAAAUCAAUAAUUUUUUUGUGGUGUCAGAACUGAAUUUCACGUACUGUAUCUGAUAAAUGAUAACCAGCCCCAAUUUCUUUUUAAUUUAAAAAAGGAAGAAAGAAAGAAGCUGCUCAAACAGUUAAUUACUUAAUCAAUAAUAAAAAAAAAGAUUAAAAACAGACUCAAUAAUUGAUUAUUAGUUUUUGGUGUCAUUAUCAGUAUGUUACUGGCAGUAUUUAAAACAUUCUAAGUUUUGAUAGAAAGAUAAAAACAAAAAAAGUUUAAACAAUGAAACAAUUAGUCAACUUAAAAAAAAAAUUGAUUAUGUAUUUUGGUAUCUGUGCUGAAAAUCAGGAUCAUAUCACAUAUCAGUGUCAAAACAUGUCAGAUGAUACUCAUGCAUACAAACUUUUUAUUGUAUUUGUUUUAUUAUUAUUUUAAAUAUUUUUAAACAGAAAACAACAAAACAUUCAAUCAGUAUAAAGUAAUUGAUCUUCAUUAUAAAUAGUCGUAAUAAUUGAUUACUUGUUGUUGGUAACAUUAAAAUUCAGGCACGCUAUCUAUACUGAUCAUUAGGAAUUGUAUCAAUACUUGUAUCAGAUAUCGUCAAUGAUGCCCAGCCCUCUUUAUUUUUAAAGAAAACAAUAAUUGCUGGACCAGCUAAUUAGCUAAUUGCUAAUUAGUUGAUCAACAUUCAAUAACAACAAUCUGAAUGACUGAUUAUUGAUUGUUUGUUUUUGUAUCGCUGAAAUUCAGUUAUUGUAAAAGCACAAGUGUUAAAAGAGAAACAAUUUCUGAUACAAAUAAAAAACAAAAAAGUGCUGAAACAUUCCGAUUUACAGAAAAUUAACAAAUUUUUGAUAAUAAUUAGUUUUAGUUGGCUGUCGUCUCUCUGGCUCCAGCGUCUCAAGUUUGAAGAGAAAAAACUUUUUCCUGUUUUAAGUUGAAUAUAAAAUAUUGUCAUCAGACGAAUCGUCUGUUUCUGUGAUUAUAAAAAGAAAGAAAAGUUGAGUUCUGUCUAAUCAGCACUUUCCUCAAAUGUUUCUGAUCCGACAGCGUUCACACUUUUAGUUAAACCAAUAAUGACACACAUUUGUGUGUGGAUCAGUUGUGUCGUACGUCAUGUUAAACUUCCUGCUCACAGCUCGUGUAACGUUCACUGCCACAAACAGAAAUCGUUAUGAAACUUCAUCACAUUUCAUUUAAAGUCAAUCUGAAACUGUACAGUCACAUUUCUGACAUUUUUACAUCACUUCCUGUCGUCAGUGCGAAUUAUAUUAAAUGUUUUUUAUUCUUGUUCACUGUUAAAUAAAGACAGUUUAAUGUUGCAUUCAGGGCAACUGGGAAAUAGGAAGCUUCCUCAACCUGAGUAUUUUAAAUGUACUUAAUCAGCACUUAAACUGUGCAUGAUAGUUCCUAACUUGUUUAUAAAUAUUUGGCUACAUUUUGAAUGUGACAUCAGAAAAAAAAUCUGAAUUCCAUGUGGUCCUGAAUGCAGCAUAUGGUGCCUUAAAGUGCAUGUUUUUCUCGAGGUAUUAUUCAGCUAUUAACCGCAUAUGUCUUGGUUUAACUUUUUACUUCUGCAGCCAAAUGAAGUGCUUACAUCCUGCACUUCACUGUAAAAAAUGAAAAAGGUUUGCUGCUACAAACUGUACGUGUGACCAAAAUAAACUUCCAUCUGUGUCAAACACGUCCAACA